AUGCUCAUACCAUGCUAACUAACAUGCUACAUAAUGCCAUGUUUAAAACUAGUUCUCUUGUGAAGUCUUAAACGAGUAUCAGUAAUUAUUUCAUUUUGCGACUUUGGCAUCCACUUAACCACACCUUUAAAUAUUUACCAUGGCCUUGGAAAUGCUGCAGUCAUUAAAGGAAAAAAUCAUGCCUGCGAACAGUACCAUUGCUGCCGUCUUCGAUGUUAAUUUGUACGAUAAAACUGGAUACUACGUUGGACUUGGUCUUGCCAUCAGCUCAAGCAUAUUCAUUGGUGCUAGCUUUAUUAUUAAAAAGAAAGCUUUAAUUCGGUUAAGCAGAGGUGGUGGUACACGAGCCGGCCAUGGAGGAUUUGGCUACUUAAGAGAGUGGAUUUGGUGGGCAGGUUUUCUCUCAAUGGGAAUUGGCGAAGCUGCAAACUUUGCUGCAUAUGCUUUUGCUCCGGCGUCAAUGGUAACGCCCCUAGGUGCUCUUAGUGUUUUGGUAGCGGCUAUUCUCUCUUCAAAGUACCUUAACGAAAAACUAAAUCUGUUGGGCAAACUGGGCUGUUUUCUAUGCAUUCUGGGUUCAACUGUGAUCGUCAUCCACUCUCCAAAAGAUGAGGAAGUGGAAAGUUUGGAAGUUCUCCUUGAAAAAAUACAAGACGCAUCAUUCAUCAGUUACGUGAUUCUGAUCGUGUUGAUUUCACUGUUCUUUGCUCUGGGCUUGGCUCCGCAAUUCGGGCACACCAACGUUGUCAUCUACAUAACCAUCUGCUCGGCCAUUGGCUCCCUUUCAGUCAUGGGCUGCAAAGGUUUAGGCCUAGCCCUUAAAGAGACCUUGUCUGGCAAAGCCAAUGAAGCUGGCAAUUGGCUCACUUGGAUGCUGCUGGCCACUGUGAUCUGCUGCAUUGUCGUUCAGAUGAACUACCUGAACAAAGCCCUAGAUGUGUUCAACACUUCCAUUGUUACUCCUGUCUAUUAUGUGUUCUUCACAACCUUAGUCAUCGUUGCAUCCACCAUUCUGUUCAAGGAAUGGUAUCAUCUGGGUGCAGAAGACGUCCUGGGCAAUAUCUGCGGUUUUCUCACAGUGAUUGUUGCGAUUUUCUUACUUAACGCCUUCCGAGAUGUUGACAUCACUCUCAACGACGUGCGAGGUAUUCUGCGGCCAAAGGCCAGUGCUGUCAGCACUUACCGAGCGGGCUCCGCUUCUAAGUACACUCCAGUAUCGUUGGACGAGGAAGGACUGAUGAGCCAAGAUGAACAGGUCAUGUACAGCAGCACAGGCUCGACGCACAUCAGAUGACGCGCAUCCCUUGGGCCCUCGUUGCCUCCCUGCAUAGGCUAAGUUCCAUUGAUUGGCAGCUGUGCUCCUACCCACGCCAGCAGUAUUUGAAACACGAACCAAACACUAGUGGGAUAGAUAUAUUGCCUCAUCUGGCAAGAGUGAUUUGUUUGGCAGCUCCUUUUAAGAGAAAAGCGAUACUUAAUUUUGCAAUCCUUGAAAACAGUAUGUUGUUUCGCUUCGUAUUUUCCCGUCUCCGAUAGUUGCGUGAACUCGUGUUGAUAAUUGCAUCAAUCCACUUGUUGAAAUAAGGGUUCUAAUCGAAUAGUAAGUAUAGUAAACGUUUUACAGUUUGUAAAUUUCUUUAUUCAACGUAAAGUAGCAUUCCGCAGUAAUAAACGCUAUCAAGUAAUAUCAAGACAA